CAUGGAAACGACUGUGCCAAAUUUGGCAUACACAUCGCAAACAUCUCGUUCGCGCGCUGACUGUGAUAUUUUCGGCCGCGGAGGACCGACCUUCUCUUUUUUUCUAACUGUGCCUUUCAGAAGUGCGGAUCUCAUCGCCAGUCGAAGAGAUCAACGCCAGCUUUUGAUCGAAGUGAAGGUGAGAACGAUUUCCUCGCGAACGCGCGGACGCGGCGACCACAACACAAGCUCCUUUGAGAUGUGAGUAGAGAAGACGAGCCUACGGAAAAAGUGUAUCCUACCCUGAUUUAUCUCAGCUCCACCCAUGAACACCUAACACAACUGCUCCACAGUCUGCUCACUGCUUUUAUAAUACCAGCUUCUGUCUUCUCUUACUAAUACCUCACCACACGAGUGCGACUCUUUUGCUCGGCAUGUCUCAGCUAAGUCGCCUCUCCGACAUGCGUGCCCGGGACAUCCGUCGCCGUGUGGAGGUCAUCCAAAAGAAGCUCUCUGAUCUCCAAGAGCUGGACAUACCGUGCGCCUUCUGCUACUCCUCCGUGAGGAACACGGGCAGUCUGUUUACACUCGGCGACCGCCGCAUCACGGACGUGAUGGAGAGGCACAAGAACGAGAUUCUGAGGAACCUCAUUGAGACCAAAGCGCCAGAGUCGGGCAGUGAGAGAAGCCAGGAGAUCCAUCUCAUCCUACCGCCGCUCCCCGGGCCCCUCUCCCAGCUGGGACGGAGUACGCUCCAGUCGCUCAUCGUGGGGAUCCUCAAAGAUCUAGGCAUUCGUUGGUCGGACCCCAAGCCUCAGUGGUGGCCGGUGGACGUCCCCUUUUUCUCCCCUCGCUCUAUCCCCGACACCUUCAAAGGGAAUUGGACAGAGGCUCUGCGGAGGGUGGUGGAGUCAGUCUACUCCUUCUUUAGCUAUGACGUCGCCACCUACAUUGCUGGGAACCUGGAGAUUGAAGAGGGAGGACAAGAGGAGGAGAGCGAACAAGAUACGGUUAGGAAGAUGGAAGAUGAUGGUGGUGAAGGUGGUGCAGAGCAAUCAAAAGUAGUUAAAGAGGAAGUGGGAGAGAGGGAGAACGAACAGGAAGACGAAGACGACAAUGAGGAAACGGAUGACGCAAUGUCAGGCCUGGAGUACGACACCAGUACUGAGGAAGAUGCAUUUGAAGAUAGCAAGAGCCCAGAGAGACCAGUCAACUCAACCUCUCACACACCUGUUCCUGACUUAGAAAAAAGCGAGAGGUUAGAUCAGAGGCACCCCGGUUCGUCUCCCGGCACUAAUCACAGGGUCCACUCCAGCUCCUCUUCUGGUUCUAACAAUAAACCAGUCAACAGUCCCUCCCACCCGUCGAACGACUCAUCGGGGGCUCAUAGCGGCUGCUCCGCCAACAGCACCAACAAGACCAUAUCCAGCUUCACAGUGGAGAACAUUCUCAUGGGUAACACAUCACGCUCCAACAGCACCUCAAGUGGCUCGCCCACGAGUGCAUCACACUUAGCAAACAAUACCUUCCUUGCCUUUCCCCCCACCACUCAGGCUAUGAGUGGUCUAGGGAGUGGGGUGAGUCAUGGUAGCAGCAGCACUCCAGCCAGCCCGGCGUCGGCUAACUGGACCAGCCAUCCACCGGUCAAGUAUACAAAGUUCACCAUGAUGAGCCCGUCGUCCAUGAGGAUAGGGGGAGACAAGAGGAGGAAGGGGGAGAGGGACAAGACUGUCACCACCACCACUACCGCUACCAGUGAUGGUAACCACCACAAACUGCAAGCUCCUCCAAUUCCUGAAGAGGUGGCUCAUCAGGCGUCCAGAUGCAAGGAGGAACCUAAAUCUCCCGCUCCUCAUUCAGGGUCUGUCCACCUGUCCACUGCUGCUCCAUCAUCUCACUUGACUUACCACCACUCAGUAAUUCAGAGUGCUGUGCCGUCUUCCUCCGCUGUUGCUUCACUCAGCCGGCAAAACUCGUCCCAGUCUGUUAGCGGAGCAGCAGUGGCCUCUCCGCGUCUCAUCCCCGUGAGCCCAAACCCGUUCUCUCGCGUCCAGACCCAGUCUCCCCACCAUCCUCAGCAGCAGCAUUACGUGGUGUUUUUCCCACCCAAUGUGGCCCUCAUGACUGCACCCACCGGCGAACUACAAGUCAUUGGACAGAACUCUCCCCAGCUCUACAUACAGGGAGCUGCACUCCACCAGGCUAACGGGAACCACGUGCACAAGAAGACCUCUUCCCCUCACCUCUCUUCAUCCUCCCCGUCUCCUCCUCCAAACCCCAAUUCCAGUUCCUCAAUACUGUCGUCAUCCAACAACCUUCGUCUGUUCCGUACCAGCAGCAACCCUUCCUUUACUUCCACGAACAAGCUCUCUGAGCCCUCCCACUUUCUCUCCCGCACUACCACGUCUACGAGCGUUGAAAAGUCGCAGGCAACAAUGAUGCACAAGCUCGGGUCAAAGUCCCUCGUAGCUGCUGGAGGAGAGAAGGGUGAGGGUGGAGGGAGAGGGAUGCCAAAGCAGAAGAAGCUGAGGUUCCACAUGACGACAGUGGUGAGGAAGGAGCGGCGACGGUCCUCUUCGGUGAGCCUCACAGCCCCACCACCAACCCUCUGCAAUCGUCCUCCUCAGCCGGACACUAGACAAGGACCUCACGCAGGCAAUGCAGCCCAAAUCGAAUCGAAAAACAACAACAGAGUAGAGCGCACAUCAAGCGCUACUACUUCCUCCACUAAAAAAGGCGCUGAGGUGUCUAACCACACAAAUGCAGAGUCUAGUUUACACAAUAGCGAUUCUACCUCCUCUACUGAAGAGGCGGCCUCCAGACCACCACAUUCUGAUUCUCAAACAGACAUAUCUUCUACGAACGCACAAAACUCCCCAAAACAGAAAGAUCCGACCAAGUUUGAAAACCACCUUUCUCUUCCUCUCUCUCAGUCCUCGUCAGCUUCUUCAAUUGAGUCUUUCACAGGACACUUGCCUUCGGAGCAGAUUACAUCUAAUAGCAGGGGUAGGGGGAGAGGGAGGGGGCGGAGAUCCAGGGGCUACACACGCCGUAAGCGUGAACUGACCUUUCACCUCUACGAAGAUCCGUACAGAGCAAAGCGUUCGCGUCAGCAAAACUGAACACCACAUGUGCAUAUAAAUUUUUAUUCGUAUAUACACAGAGUCAUACUCCAAUGCUAUGUACUAUCGUAAUAUUAUCAAUUCCCCUUUCACCAUUACAGAAAUCACAUUUCGUCUAUAGAUUCUUUCUGUGAUCUGUUCAUUUUUAGUCACAUGCUUGACAGGAUCAAAAGUGUUUUCAAUUUUU